AGGAUGUCUCGUUUCGAAGCUAAGAAGCCAUCGUUGUGUAAAACUGAACCAUUGACAAGUGAGAGAGUCAGGGCCACACUUUCUGUCUUGAAAGGAGUCCUAGCCUCAUGCUAUGGCCCUUCAGGGAGGCUGAAGCAGCUGCACAAUGGCUUGGGAGGGUGUGUGUGUACAACCUCACAGUCCUCAGCCCUGCUCCGAAACCUUUCAGUCACCCAUCCAGUAUUAAAGGUCCUAACAGCAGCUGUGCAGAAUCAUGUGACCUGCUUCAGUGACUGUGGCUUAUUUACAGCCAUUCUGUGCUGUAACCUGAUUGAAAAUAUUCAGAGAAUAGGCUUGACACCCACGACAGCUAUUAAGUUAAAUAAAUACCUCCUGAGUUUCUGCACUGGUUAUCUCAAGUCUGAAGCCUGUGGCUGUCGAAUCCCAGUUGACUUCAGUAGUACACAUAUCUUCCUGGGCUUGGUACACAGUAUCUUAACCAGCAAACCUGCCUGUAUGCUCACCAGAAAGGAAACUGAUCACAUCAGUGCUUUGAUCUUGAAAGCUUUUUUGCUUACAAUUCCAGAAAGUGCAGAAGACCGAAUCAUUUUAGGGAAAAGUAUAGUUGUUCCUGUAAAGGGCCAAGGAAUUACAGAUUCUACUGUAUUACCUGGACUGCUCAUUGAAAUGUCAGAAGUUCAAUUAAGGAGAUUAUUACCCAUCCAGAAGUCAAGUGCCCUCAAGGUGGCACUCUUCUGUGUGUCUUUAUCCGGAGAUUUUUCUAAUGCUGGAGAAGGAACUGUGGUAGUCCCUUACCAAGUGUCCCUUGAGAAUGCAGUUUUAGAGCAGUUGCUUAAUCUGGGAAGGCAGCUAGUCAGUGACCAUGUAGAUCUUGUCCUGUGCCAAAAAGUUAUACACCCAUCUUUGAAACAGUUCCUCAGUGAGCAUCACGUUAUUGCCAUCGACAGAGUUGGAGUGACUGUGAUGGAACCCCUAAGCAAAGUGACAGGAGCAAUGCCUAUUGGUUCCCUAAACACAAUAGCUUCUUCUACUUACGGAAGUAUAAAAGACGUGUGCUCGGCAAGACUUGGCUCCAAACAUUUUUUCCAUCUUAUUCCUAAUGAGGCAACUGUCUGCAGCUUGCUCCUCUGCGGCAGAAAUGACACUGCCUGGGAGGAGCUGAAGCUCACAUGUCAAACAGCAAUGCAUGCCUUGCAGCUAACAAUCAAGGAACCAUGGGUUUUAUUGGGAGGUGGCUGUGCAGAAACACAUUUGGCUGCUCAUAUCAGACACAAGGUUCAUAAUGAGGCAGAAGACAUUGUCAAAGAGGUUGGUUAUUCUCGAGCAGAACUCCAGAUUGCUGCUGAAGCAUUUUGCAGGGCUCUGGAGUCCGUUGCUGGCUCUUUGGAACACGAUGGCGGUGAAAUCCUCAUUGACAUGAAGUAUGGCCACUUUUGGUCAGGUCAAUCAGAUUCUGCUUCUGUUGUUCACUGGCCAGAUAUGCUGUCACGAUGUGGCUGUGGCUUAUACAACAGCCAGGAAGGACUCAGCUGGUCUUUCUUAAAAAGCACUCAUCAUCCUUUUGCACCACAAACCUGCCUUUCCCAGACAGCUGUGGGCUCAGCCAGCAACCUGACUGUGGACUGUUUCACUGCCAAGCUUAGUGGCCUACAGGUGGCUGUAGAGACAGCCAAUUUGAUUUUAGAUCUUUCAUAUGUCAUUGAAGAUAAAAACUAACAGAAUGGCAUAUUUAUGUUAUGAAACAAGCUAGUUCAGAUGUCUAAGAAAAAAUGGUUAUAUUGUUCUCUCCCAAAAGCCUGUUCUUCAUAGGUGGACAGAUGAUUUAUAAAAGUAUAGACCUACCUACUUAAGGAAGGGUAUGGAUGUUAAAUAGAAAUUUAUAGACUAAUAACCCUUGAUGCCCUUGUAUCAUCACCAUCACCCCACAUUUGGUGUCCUCACCACUCAUUUAUGUUAGGAAGUUUAUAAACACUAAAGAUAGUAUGUCACCUAAGAAUAUCGGAAUUGUCCUUCUACUUUCUUUCCAAGCUGCUCUGAUAAGGGAUCACCCUGAACUUUUCCCGUUGGCGAGAUAGGAGUCUUCAUUUUUUGUCAUAGCCAUUGUUCUUGUGUAUUUAGCUUUUCAUAAAACUUGUUACUUUCUUGAUGUUAUAUUGUUGCUCUCAUUUUAACUGUUAUAAAAAUUUGUUGGGAUGUUUUAAUAAAGUCAUUUGUGUUCCCUAAA